AUGACCGGCCAAAGCAGAAGGCCGCAAAAACCAGUGGAUGUCCACGCACUGGGUCGGAAGUUGAUACUAUUCGCAACUACAUUGGUCGUCCUCGAUACGACUGCUCUCUUGCUGCAGAUGUUGCCGGUUCUGGGUUAUUUGGGGAACACCGGAGACGAAUUGGCCCUGCUCACCGGGUCAGCAGUAUGCAUCCAUUUCGUGGUCGCCGUCUUUGUUAUGGACGACGCGCCCAUACCAUAA